AUGGACCAGGAACGUGCAAAGGCAGCCUUUGAUAUCCGUGAAUUGACCUACUUACUUGACGGCGGAAAGAAAGUUACGGAACUCAAAGAGCGCAUGAUGCUUGAGCUUGAAAGAGAUCCUCUCUUCAAAAUGCAUGAUAUCCACGACAUUUCAAAGGAUGAACUCCGUGAGCGCACCAUGCAAAAGUUUAGCAGUCUGUUGCACCACCUUCAAAAUGAACCAGUCGAUCAAUUCAGAAAGAGAAUGGAGGUCGUCAGUAUGCUUGAUCCAGGUUUCUGGACUCGUUUUGGUGUUCAUUACGGGUUGUUUAUCGGCGCACUUCAGAGCAAUGCUACUCCUGGACAGCUGGGAUACUGGUUUGAAAAGGGUGCUUUGUCACUAAAUGGAUUGGUCGGCUGUUUUGCCAUGACUGAGCUCGGCCACGGAUCAAAUGUGCCCGGUCUCGAGACGACUGCUACAUUUGAUGAAGCUUCUGACCAAUUUAUUAUCCACACUCCCACACUCACUGCCACAAAGUGGUGGAUCGGCGGUGCUGCGCAUAGUGCCACACAUUCUACGGUGUUUGCACAAUUGAUGGUUAACGGAAAAUGCUACGGUACAAAGUGCUUUGUAGUACAGCUCAGAGAUCCAAAGACAUAUGCCUGUAUGCCUGGUGUCAAUAUUGGUGACAUUGGAAAAAAGAUGGGAAGAGAUGGUAUCGACAAUGGCUGGAUCCAGUUCACAAAUGUACGGAUUCCUAGAGGAAACAUGUUGAUGAAACACACAAAGGUUUCUCGCUCUGGUGCAGUCAAGGAGCCCAAGCUUCAGCAAUUGACUUAUGGCGCUCUUCUUCAAGGUAGAGUUGCCAUGGUAGUAGACAGCGGUAAUGUGUCCAAAAAAGCACUUGCUAUUGCGAUCCGUUACGCUGCUGUCCGCCGCCAGUUCUCUAGCUCAGAUUCUACGAUCGAGACAAAGUUGCUAGACUACCCUAUCCAUCAGCGCCGCCUGAUGCCGCUCCUGGCCCAGACAUUUGCCAUGCUUUUUACAGGAUCCGAAAUGACUACCAUGUACAACGAAAUGAUGCAGCGACUCGAGAAUGCAAAGCCCGGAGAUAGCGAUCUGGACGAGGUCAUGGAGACCCUCAAGGAAACCCACUCAACCAGUGCGGGUCUCAAGGCCUUUUGCACCUGGAACUGUCUCGAGACAAUCGAACAGUGUCGACAGGCGUGCGGUGGUCACGGAUACUCUGCCUACACUGGUUUAGCAGGAAUGUACCAGGACUUUGCGGUACAGUGCACCUGGGAGGGCGACAAUACAAUCCUGACCUUACAGGCUGGUCGGUACCUGAUCAGCUCUUACCGCGAGGCGAUGAAGGGUAAGAAGCUGUCACCUGGUGUCGGAUACCUCAACAGACUGGACCAGUUGAUCGGUAAAAAGUGCCAAGUAAAAGAGCUCGAAGACCUUUUGCGGCCCGAGAUUAUUAUUGAAGGAUGGCAGGUAGUUUGUGCCAAUGUGGUCAAGAAUGCGGCAAAGGAGUUUGAGGCCCAUUUGGCGAGAGGUAAAAAGCCCGACGAUGCAUAUGAAGAGUGCUCGCAGUCCCGUCUCUACGCAGCCAAGUUGCACACUUUUGGAUACCUUUAUCACCGGUUUGUGGAUGGUGUGGCCAAGGUAUCCGAUGAUCUGAAGCUGGUUUUGGACAGCGUGUCACUGCUGUACGGUCUGUACACAAUUGAGGAAAACGCAGGCGCAUUCCUCCAAUACGAGUACUUUAGCCCAAAGCAGAUUGAGUUUAUCCGGGAGAAGACCAAUGCACUGUGCAAGGUUGUGCGUGAACAGGCAAUCCCUCUUGUGGAUUCCUUUAACCUGUCUGACUUUAUGAUCAACUCACCGCUGGGCCGGGCAGAUGGAAAUGUGUAUGAACACUACUUUGAUCAGGUCAAGCGAUCGAAUCCUCAGGGCGAACACCCUUACUUCCAACGUAUCAUCAAACCUUUGAUUGAACGCAAGUCAGAAGCAGAUGAUGAAGAAGAAGAUGAUGAAGCGGCUGGAUUAGAGUCUGAAGAUGAAGACGAAGAUGAAGAAGAAGAAUAA